AUGGCGUCCCAGACAAAGGACCGCAUCACCUGCCACGUCCUCGACACCUCGGCGGGCCGCCCCGCCCGGGGCGUGCGCGUGCACCUCUCGACGACGGUACCCUCCUCCUCCCCCUCCACCACCGGCGGCGUCCUGCGCGAGUUCGAGUCCCAGACCGACGACGACGGCCGCGUCAAGGCCUGGCUGCCCUUCUCCGACGCCACCGCCUCGGGCGAGGUCCCCGUCUACACCCUCGAGGACGUCCUCGGCGCCCUCCAGGGCCCCUCGCGCUGGACCCUGCGCUUCGACACCGCCGCCUACUUUGGCGGCGAGGACGCCACCUUCUUCCCCGAGGCCGUCGUCGUCUUCACCGUCCGCGAGGGCCAGCACUACCACGUUCCCCUGCUGCUGAGCCCCUACAGCUACACCACCUACCGCGGCAGCUAG